CAGCGUUGGAAUCAGAGGUGCGUACCGGGGGUCCUCCAACCAUCUUUAAGUGGAAGUGGUCCGUCGGGGAGUUGAUUUGCUUAUCAGUAGCCGACCAAAACGGACGACCACUUGUCGCUGUGUGUUGAGCGUUCGCAAAGCAACCAAUUUGAAUUUCGUGUACCUCGUGCUCGUCUGAAGGUCAAUUGAGGGAACGCGCACUCGGGUUGCGGAGUCGCCAGUGUCUGGCGUGCGCUUGCCAGCUGGCCGCAUUUGCGCCACCGUAAUCGACACGGUUCUUGGUCGCAUCCGGCGAAGCAACAAGCCGAACGGGUCCGGGUCGGGUCCAGAGUGCUGCAACCAGAGACACCCUGAUGCUGAUUGGCAUGCGAAAAGCGUAUGCUGCCCACACAAACUGGACGAGGCCCCCCCUAUUUCCGGACAAACCUCUCCCCCAUCCGUCCUACUAGUCAACCCAAGCCAACCCGGUGUUACAUCACUCGAUUCCGGCCAACCAUUAUCAUGGAGCAGAAAUUCAACGAAUCGGCGGAAAAGGUGAAAUCGUUCACGAAGCGACCGUCCGACGCUGAGCUGUUGGAGCUGUACGCCCUGUUCAAGCAGGCCACCGUCGGUGAUAACGACACGGAAAAGCCGGGCAUGUUCGACCUGAAGGGAAAGGCCAAGUGGCAAGCGUGGGCGGACCGCAAGGGUACAUCGAAGGACGCCGCGAUGGAAGCCUACAUUAAGCUAGUCGACGAGCUGACGGCGAAAUAUCUGUAACGCACCGAAAGCCAAGGGUUUGGGGACGAUUUUUUAUUAAUUUUUUGGAAGGGCCAUGAAAUCAGACCGGAAUUGGGGAGCAAGAUGAUUUGGUGCAAGAAUUAUCUGUUCAUUUUUUGUUGUAUUUGCUUAAGACCAAAUAUACGCUUAACGUAAAGUGCGCCUA